AUUUCGGGAAAUCCGGGAGCAAAAGGACGGCCGCAUUGCAUACAUACGUCGCAGACACGAUCGAAGCAAGGCUGGGUGGAAGAUACGAUGGAACACACCCAAUUUCGAAUGAUUACAAUUCCAAUAUAAUUCUGAGAGACAUCGGGCACAGUAGGGCAACAAUGACUACAUCGAAACAUGAAGAAAGACCAAGUUGUUUCUAGUCCAAGACUGUCUUUGCAUAUCCGCCUGCAUCAAUCUAUCUCUCCCGUCUGAGACAUCAGUAACUUUUUCGACAGGGGUAUUGAUUGAGACAAAUAGCCAGAGGUCUGACGGAUGCAGACAGAGUCUGGCUUCGUGGGGUCUGUUUGUCGCAGAUCAAUGACUCCUCCAGAAACCCAUUUCAUCGUCUUGUCACUCAAUUCUCGGCUACCUAUGGAACCCGAAAUCAAGUGUACCUAUAUCAGAGAGAAAAUCUGUAUUUACCUUAGGGCUUCUGGUUCGCGAAGACUCUGACAAAGGCGGCGCGAGGACGCGUCGUUUCAAACGUCGACUUAUCUCCACACAAGGAAAACAAGACAACUCGACCACGUACGAAACAAUGUUCCCUCAACCCGCUGGGGAGAUUCAGAAAAGUUCUUUCAGUUUCCGAGACUUAUCCAGCGUUGUCGACGGGUAUCGACCUGGUGCCAAAUCAGACUCUUCCUCAGACAAUGAACCUCAACCAACCUCUCGCAUCCCUCCAGCUACAUAUAAGAAUGUACCACAAUCGUCAUUCAGCAUGAAAAAUCUCAUCUCUCCUCAAUCUACUUUCAAAGCGGGUCCAUUUACAACUGCUCUGUUCACCCCGGCUUUUACGCCUCAACCCACGCCGCACCUCACGUCCCAAUCAGCGACCACGAUGCCUUCUGCGGCCCUGCCAUCUCGUGCCCAGGCGAACAAGACCGACAAACAGCCUAUGGAAGGUGACAAAGCCUAUCAGCGUGAGCUUUCAGUACAUCUUUCCAUGUUAACGUCUGCUGGAGGUGCGCAAGAGCAACGAAAUGAGCUGGCUGGCUCGCCCAUCUUCACUACUUCGAUCCUUCGACACUCCCAGUCAAGCUUCUCUCAGUUCGGACUUUUGGCUGGGUAUGCAGAUAUCUUGGAAGAGAUUGCUUCUUCAGGCAGAGACACAGCUUCUCUUCCGGCAGCUCUGGAUCCUCGAAUCUACUUCAACAUCUCUGCCCCGUCAAGCGUGUUCAUUUGUGGGUCUCAAGGUUCCGGCAAAAGCCACACACUUUCCUGUCUACUUGAGAAUUGCUUGUUGAAGUCCUCAGUCAGCAAACUCGACAAUCCUCUCUCCGGACUCGUUUUCCAUUAUGAUUCCUUCAUGUCGGACAGCCGCGGUACUCCAUGUGAAGCCGCUCAUCUAUCGUCAAAUUUCAACAUCAAAGUCCGCAUUCUAUGCUCCCCUUCAAACGUUCAGACCAUCAAGCGUACCUACUCCGGAUUGAAUGUCGAGAUCGAGCCAUUGAUGAUUAACCAAAAUGAUCUCAACACCAAGCGAAUGCUGGAUCUGAUGGCUGUCAACACUGAGGAUGGCAGAAUGCCACUCUACUUGCACGAGAUCACGCGAAUUCUACGAGAAAUGCGGAUCGCUCAACAGAACAGCAAUGGCUCAUUCAACUACGCUGAGUUCAAGCGACAGGUCGAGCUCUCACCGAUGACCCCUGCACAGCAAGCCCCAUUAACACAACGUCUGGAUACUCUUGAGUCAUUCAUGCCUAAAUCGCAGACUGGUGCCAUACCCAAGAAGACCAAGAAGUCAAACCAUCCAAGUGGUAAUGAUUGGAGCGUCAAGGCCGGAAUGCUUACAAUUGUCGAUCUCUCAUGCCCAUGUGUCACCGCUGAAGGUGCAUGCGCAUUGUUCAAUAUGUGUCUGAGCCUGUUUUUGGAGCAGAAGACGACGAUUGGCAGAGUUGUUGCUCUCGAUGAGGCACAUAAAUACAUGAACGCUGGCUCUGAAGCUUCUACUUUGACGAAUACACUCCUGUCCUCCAUCCGUCUUCAGCGUCAUCUUGGUGCAAGAGUCUUCAUCUCAACCCAAGAGCCAUCCAUCUCACCAAAGCUUCUGGAUCUUUGCUCCAUCACAGUCGUGCAUCGCUUCACGUCCCCGGACUGGUUACGCUGCCUGCGAUCCCAUUUGGCCGCACUCGACAAUGAUGAGGAGGUCUUGGGAAAUCCAAAGGCGAAGCUAGACAACGUUUUCAAUCAGAUCGUCAGAUUGAAAGUCGGACAAGCUCUACUCUUUGCACCAAGCGCGAUCGUCGAUGUCAAGAAGGCAGAGGUGGAGUCAGGAAUCGGAAAGGACGAGAUUCAACGAUUGGGGAUCGGAUAUCUCCGAGUCAAGAUCCGUGAUCGGGUUACCGCCGACGGAGGAAGAAGUGUUCUGGCACUGGGACCCAAUACGACAUUAGGCACGAAGGGUUUGGGCGUCGCCACGGGUGCUUCGAUAUUUGGUGGAGAGGCAGCUCCAUCCAAUGGUUUCGCAUCUAACGCUCUCCCAACAACCUCAAUGUUUGGGGUCCCUGCAAGAGGUGCAACAUUCGGUGGAAAGUCUGCUGGGGCUUCCGGCAAGAAAUUAAAUGCUUGAGUUUCAGCACAGCAACAUUCGGAAGCCAGGCAACCUCAAAUGUACCUAUAGUCAGCACGAAUGGCAUUGGCAGCAUGAACCAGAAUCUUAUCAAAACUGAACACGGUAGCCUCCCUCUUUCUACAAUCAGUGGAAACCACAGCAUCGAUCGCAAUUCUUCUGCGCAUUCUCCCGCAGUCUUUCAUGGUGUUUUCUCGAAGUCUGUAACGGCACUCCCAAAAACACCAAGCACCUGGCAAUUCAAUCCACAUAUUGAGAAAGAGUUGUUGGAUUCCAAACAAUUCGUUGCUUUCCAAACAAUCACGUCUGAAACUCCCUGGAGUACAUAUUCUUUUGAGGAGUUGCGAUUAGGGGAUUACGGUCGUGGGGAUAUGAUGGCAUAGAGGCUGAGCUUUGCUUUGGUUUUUUCCUUGUGGCUUUUUUGGCGUUUGUUUUGAUUUAGUCUGGUUUGGUUUGGUUCCCCAUGCGAUGAUGGGGGUUUGGCAUAUCUGGAAGUUUUGUCUCUGAAGGUUUUAUCUUGGAAUGCAGAAGGGAUGUGGUGGGAAGAUAUCGAUUUUUAUUAGAGGACACGAGUAUUUGGGUACGGAUCGAACUAGAUGAUGAGGGAGUGGAGAGUCUUCAGACAGAUUUGCUUUCAUUAGAUGAUAGAGGUCUCACAGCCAAUGGAAAAUGUACAAGUAGUAGCGUUCAUCCUCAAGAUACCUACAAUUUCAGCCAAGUCUUUCUCAG